AUGCUACACAUGCGUGAUGCCCUGCUGAUACCUACCAUCACAGUUGCCCUGCAGAGUUGGCAGCUGACCGUCGGGGCAUUGGCAGGCGUAGCCCCCACCACCACCACCACCACCGGAUACCGAAAAUGUGCCACCAUUACCAGCACAAGCACAACCAGUCACAGCAGCUUCACCACCACCACCAGCAGCUUCACCAGCACCACCAGCAGCUUCACCACCACCACCAGCACGAACAGCAGCAGCUGCAGCACUAGCAACAGCACCACCACUGAGCAUCACCAGCACCACCAGCCACUUCAGCAGCAGCAUUACCUCUACUACCACACCAUCACCACCACCACCGCACCUCUAGCACCACCACCACACCUCUACGCCACCACCACCACCAAUAUCACCACCACCACCACCAAUAUCACCACCACCACCACCACCAAUAUCACCACCACCACCAAUAUCACCACCACCACCACCACCACCACC